AUGGAUAGUAAUAAAUAUGAUUCGGUUGUUUUAAAGGUAUUACUUAAGAAAAAUGAGGAUUGUUUUGAAACAUUGGUAAAUAAUAAUAAAAAAUUGGUAAGAGCAUUUGAGCAACUUAAAGAACAAAUGACCAUUGAGAAACAACAACUAGAACAACAAUUAAAAUCACAAGAAGAAUAUUAUAUAAAUGAAAUAGAAACACACAAACUUUUAAUUAUAGAAUUACUACAACUACAAAAACAACAAAAAUUGCAAACAAACAAUGAUUACUAUGAAACAAAGGAAUUAUUCAAUGCGUUCUUUAAUAGACAUGCUGCCUAUCAUGAUGAUGAUGGUGAUGGUGAUGGUGAUGAUGAAUCUGAUGUAGGCACAACAACAGAUGUAAAAAAGAGGAAAUUUGAAGAAUACCCUUCCAAACCACAACCACAAUUAUCAACUAUAAAUAUAUAUAAAACAGAAUCACCAAACAAAACCAAUCCUGUAUCAAAGAACCAAUCUCAAACCACAACAACAACUACGACUACAACAUCUACAUUCCGUCCAACCAAAAUGCCUAUUCAAUGUAACCAUAGAUGUGAUUCUGAAAGCUAUGCUUUUAUUCCUUGUGGUCACCAAGCAUGUUGUGAAGAUUGUUUCAAGAAACAAGCUAUUUCUCAUUGUCCAACUUGUUAUCACAGAGUAUCUGGUACAUUUUUGGCUUUUGAUGAUGAUGAUGAUGAAUAG